CCGUUGGCUAUGGCUAAGGGCGAGGACCUCGAGAACCUCGUUAAGGGCCGACAGUUUUUGGACACACACUUCGCUGCCUAUGUUAACAGUGUUGAGCAUCUGGUGAAUGGGGACGUCCUUAACACCAGAUCGGAGCUCAACAACAGAGAGUGUUAUCACAAGUUUGUCGACACUUUCCACGACCAGUGCAUGAAUAUCGCUCAGAAUUCAUACGUUUUGGGUAAACUGCAAACCUUUGUGAACAUUUGCGAACAGAGCUCACCUGCCGGUGCCGAGGCUGCCCUCACCCAACUGGUGUCUUACUGCCAACAAAACAUGGCUUACCCCGCUUAUAUUAUAUAAAAUAUUUUCUUAUUUAUCUUAUAAAUAAGCUGUUGUAACGUAACAAUUUGUUAAAUAAAGUUACUUGUUGACUAUAUACA